AUGGCUGCUGAACAGUAUUUUCUCGUAGCGGGAGAUUACGCUGUCUUUGGUGUUAUGUUAGCUGUGUCACUGGCAAUUGGAAUAUAUUACAGCAUAAAAGAUAGAGGAAAAGAAAAUGGCGUUCAAAAUUAUUUGAUGGCUGGCAGAAAAAUGAAUGUGUUUGCUGUCGGCUUCUCACUCAGUUUUACAUUUUUAUCAGCCAGUGCGGUUCUUGGAAUUCCAGCGGAUGUUUACCUCUUUGGUACAAUGUUUUUUUGGGUGUUAAUAACCCCAUUUAUCUUGAUGGUGGUCGUUACUCAAAUCUACAUUCCUUUAUAUUUCCGACUGAAUAUUACAAGUAGUUACGAAUAUCUCGAGCUUCGAUUCAGUUACCCAGUUCGGUUACUUGGAACACUGGGUUACAUUGCUCAAAAUGCAGUAUAUAUAGGUGUAAUGAUAUACGCCCCAGCUCUAGCCUUCGCUCAAGGUGAGAAUAAUUUCAUGUUGUGA